AUGGGGGUCCCUAUGGAUCUCAACGAUGCGGCCAAUGGGCUAAACUCAGCGAAGAAGUCCAGCAAGAAUGUGCCCUAUGUCAUGCCAUCCACACAUGGAGAUCCUUCGACGCGUUGGCACGAAGUUCGCGCGGGCAAUAUUUAUCCUCACAUUAUUCCCGACUCGACUAUUCCCAUCCGACCCGAAGACGUAAAACCAAUUCAAUUACUCGCAGGUCCUGCCGACGCACAGUCGGUGGAAGCCCUCCAAGCCUUUCUCAGUGAUGUGAACAAACUUUUCGACUCAGAAAUCCCUGGAGAUAAUAGACACACAGACUUUGAUCCGCUGGGUCAGACAGUCAUCCGAGGUGAGAAUACAGGCGAUAUUCUCGAUGGCGAACACUACCACGGAUGGUCUCUUGAAUUCUGUCAACCCGCCGAUACAGAUACCGAGGAUUCGCGGGGCCGAAGUCGCAGUCGUAGUGAAUCACGAACUAAUUACAAGCGCCGACGCUACAACAGCUCCACCAGCCAGUCCGAGUCUCGAUCUCGAAGUGGAUCACGAUCAUACCAACGCGAUUUCCAUCGUCGCGACGCACGAUCGAAAAGCCGUUCUCCACAGCGCCCACGAAGCCGCGAAAGCUCAUACACACCUCGAGAACCAUCCACUUCACACUUCCCGCCCCCUCACCAGGCUCAAUAUCCCCCCGCACCCUUCAACUCCUUCCCCACGGCCCAUCCCCCCAGUGGACAAUAUGACUAUCCUCCGAUGGGUCCCAACACUGGCUAUCCUCAAGCACCUGUACCCAACUACGGCUCUUGGCCUCCGCCUCCUCCGCACGUGCCAACAGUGUCCUUCCCCCCGCCCGCGCCCGGAUCCUCUUCGGCCUUCCCCCCUCCGUACCAUCAGCCUCCUUCCAUACCGCACGGACAGAACCAGGGACAGCGACCGGGGUACGGGAUGCCCCCCGGUCAGCACCACUUCCCUCCCCCUUAUUCCGGCGGUCAGCAGGGUGCGCCAUGGGGACCUCCUCCUCCCCAGGGCGGGCGUGGGUGGUAA